UCUAAACGCACCUACCCAAAACCCAUUUACGAGAGGUUGUAAUGUUAUACACCCAUCACAACUUCACAAGCCAUAAAAAAGACAGAAAAAUACGCAAUAGACCGUUAUGGUAGGAGGUCUUAUUGGUGGCAAUAUAUUCAAGAUGGCAAUAGAGUAAUUUGCCUAAAACUGAAAAACCUGAAGGGUGGUGGAGCCGAGAUGGGCAAACGUCUUCUUCCCAAAAACUGUCGGUGCUCUGCCCUUUUCAUCUCCCAAUAGAAACCUGGGUUUCUCAAAUCCUCACAGAAUUCAUAUGUUUUUUUUUCUCCAUUGUUGAACAAGGUUUACGUCUAUUUCAUGCCUCCCUUGAACCUUUACAUUUCAUUUCAUAAAAAAAAGAGAAAGAAAGUAAAGGAUGGGGAGGAGGACAAGGCCGAAAGGGAGAUGCUGUGGGUGGUUUCUGGCCGGAAUAGUUGCGGCGGCGAUCGGCGUAGCUAUUUAUGUGCUUAUUCUGAAACACAAAGCUGAAGAGCCUCCGGGAGUCACGAACCAGAAAUACGCAAAUGCCCUCAAAGUUGCUUUGCAAUUCUUCGACGUCCAGAAGGCUGGGAAGCUGGACGAAAACAAAAUACGUUGGAGGGGAGAUUCGGCGCUCAAAGAUGGAAGCGAAGCGAAGCUGGAUUUGAGCAAAGGAAUGUACGAUGCAGGAGACCUCAUUAAGUUUGGUUUCCCGAUGGCUUACACUGCAACUGUGCUGUCAUGGGCGAUCCUCGAGUAUGGCGACCGUAUGGCUGUCGUCGACCAGCUUGAACCUGCCCGUGACUCGCUCAAAUGGAUAACUGACUUCUUGGUCAAUGCACAUCCCUCUCCUAAUGUCUUGUACAUUCAGGUUGGGGAUGCAGAACAUGACCAUAGUUGUUGGGAAAGACCAGAAGACAUAAAUAAUGAUAGGCCAUUGAUCCAAGUGAAUGCUUCUGUUCCCGGAACAGAUGUUGCUGCUGAAACCGCAGCAGCUAUGGCAGCGGCAUCCCUUGUUUUUAAAUCCACCGACGCUGAAUAUUCAACCUUGCUUUUGAAACACGCCAAACAGUUGUUCACCUUUGCUGACAAAUAUCGAGGAUCCUACAGUGAAAAUAUCCCCGGAGUAGCCACAUAUUACAAUUCGACCGGGUAUGGGGAUGAGCUCUUAUGGGCAGCGAGUUGGCUCCAUCACGCAACGGGUGAUAGGUCAUAUUAUGAGUAUGCAACUGGGGAGAAUGCGGAGAAGUUUGUGAAAUGGGGAAGUCCGACUUGGUUUAGCUGGGAUGAUAAGUUUCCUGGAGCUCAGGUUUUGAUUUCCAGGGUGAGUUUCUUUAAGAAAAAAGCCCCCCUCUCGAAUUCGAUUACUCUCCAGAAGUAUAGAGGCACUGCAGAAGCAGUCAUGUGUGGUCUCUUACCAACAUCUCCAACCGCCACUUCUAGCAGAACAGACUCUGGUUUGAUAUGGGUAAGUCAAUGGAAUGCUUUGCAACAUCCUGUCGCCUCUGCCUUCUUAGCAGUCGUUUAUAGUGAUUACAUGCGUUCUUCUCACACUGCUAAGCUAUUAUGUGAUGGCAAAUAUUUUUCAUCAUCUGAUCUCCGAAAGUUUGCCAUGUCACAGGCUGACUAUGUAUUGGGAGAUAAUCCAAUGGGGAUGAGCUACCUUGUUGGGUAUGGAGAUAAGUACCCGAAAUAUGUUCAUCACAGAGGAGCCUCGAUCCCUGCAGAUAUGAAAACCGGUUGCAAAGAAGGCUUCAAAUGGCUUGAAUCACCCAAACCAAACCCGAAUGUCGCAAUUGGAGCAUUAGUCGGUGGACCAUUUCUAAACGAGAGCUAUGUUGAUGCAAGGAAUAACUCUAUGCAAGGAGAACCAACCACCUAUAAUAGUGCACUCCUUGUUGGUCUCCUUUCUGGUUUGGUUACCACCUCUCCAGUGGUCCCAUCCUUUGUAUGAGGCAGGUGGUUCCUAGCUAAUACACAACUUUAUACAUGUACAUAAACCCAACAUUAUACAUCUUUAUGUAUACAUAUACACACACAUAGUGUAUGUACAGAGUAUAUCCUAAAAUUCCUAGGUUCUUGAAUGUUGCUAAAAUGUAUGUAUACAGAAUAAUGGUUGUGUACUUAUACUGAAUAUGGGGUGGCGGAUGGCAAACUUUUUGUAAGAGGUUCACAGAUGGACGCUCGUCAAGUCGAAUCCGAUUCCCGUCCGGUUAGCUCAGGUGUCCAGAUUGAAAAACUUUAAAUGGAGCUGGAUUAACCUAUCUUAAUACCAAUUCAUGUACAUUUCCUGUU